ACUGACUAUUAGAUGAUAGAACACAGAAGUCACUAAUUUUAUCUGAAAUACUGGAAAACAAUAGAAACUCAGAGUAGAAAUUUUAUAUUCCAUAUAAAGAGAUCUAUGAUUAGAAAGAUUGGAAAAAUAUAAUGAGAAGUCAAAAGGAAAUGUUUUAGGGAAAAAUACCAAUAACAUCAGUCCUCAAUCAUCUCAGCUAGUGAAAAAUAGGGAAACGAAACCUAAAGACAUUUUCCCUAAAUUUUGAUUACUUACCCCUUAACAAUACAAGCUGAAUAAUUUUUGAUACUAUUUUCCUUUUCCCCUGCGAACUGGCCAGGCAGGAUCGGAAAGAAUAGUAUCUGUGGAUGAUCAACCCAUAAUAAUUAAUAUAAUGCUUGUAUCCCUGGGCAGAAGCAAAAGUCUAUAUCCUUUAGGCAUUAAAUUAAAUCUUAGAUACUAUUUGGACAUGAUGGAAUGAUACUGACAUCACCAAAGGAAUUAGCACUGAAACUGUUGUAUCCUUUUACUCUCUUUUCAGGUAAGGUGGACCUAUGUGAUUUGUUUAUUCCUGGAGUUAUCUUAUCAUGGCUGAAGAUGACACAGACAGAAACCAGACUGAGAAACUACUAAAAAGAGUGCAAGAACUGGAGCAGGAGGUACAAAGACUUAAAAAAGAACAGAACAACAAGAAGGACUCAAACGUUAGAGAAAAUUCUUCAGGAAGUGGAAAAGCUAAGCGUGCAUUUGAUUUCGGUGCUCAUGGUCGAAGACAUGUAGCCCUAAAGAUAGCCUAUCUGGGCUGGGGAUACCAGGGCUUUGCCAGUCAGGAAAACACAAACAAUACAAUUGAAGAGAAACUGUUUGAGGCUCUAACCAAGACUCGACUAGUAGAAAGUAGGCAGACAUCCAACUAUCACCGAUGUGGGCGAACAGACAAAGGAGUUAGUGCCUUUGGACAGGUGAUUUCUCUUGACCUUCGUUCUCACUUUCCAAAUGGCAGGGAUUCAGAGGAUUUUAAUUUAAAAGAUGAAGUCAGUGAUGCUGCUAAAGAGAUCCGAUAUACUCACAUUCUCAAUCGGGUGCUCCCUCCAGACAUCCGUGUACUGGCCUGGGCCCCUGUAGAACCCAGCUUCAGUGCUAGAUUCAGCUGUCUUGAGCGGACUUACCGCUAUUUUUUCCCUCGUGCUGAUUUAGACAUUAUAACCAUGAACUACGCAGCUCAGAAGUAUGUUGGCACACACGAUUUUAGGAACUUAUGUAAGAUGGAUGUAGCCAACGGAGUGAUUAAUUUUCAGAGGACUAUUCUGUCUGCUCAAGUACAGCUAGUGGGCCCCAGCCUGGCUGAGGAGAGAGGCCAAGAACCUUUCCAGCUGUGUCAGUUUGAAGUGAUUGGCCAGGCCUUCCUUUAUCAUCAAGUCCGCUGUAUGAUGGCUAUCCUUUUUCUGAUUGGCCAAGGAAUGGAGAAGCCAGAGGUUAUUGAUGAGCUGCUGAACAUAGAGAAAAAUCCCCAGAAACCUCAAUACAGUAUGGCUGUAGAAUUUCCUCUAGUCCUAUAUGAUUGUAAGUUUGAAAACAUCAAGUGGAUCUAUGACCGGGAGGUUCAGGAAUUCAAUGUUACUCACCUACAGCAACUCUGGGCUAAUCAUGCUGUUAAAACUCACAUGCUGUAUAGUAUGCUGCAAGGACUGGACUCUGUGGCAGUACCCUGUGGGACAGGACCAAAGACGGAUGGAGUGAUGGAGUGGAGAAAUGUUACACCUUCUGUCAUAAAGCAGACCAGUGCCUUUGUAGAAGGAGUGAAAAUGCGCACAUAUAAGCCCCUAAUGGAUCGUCCUAAAUGCCAAGGCUUAGAAUCUCGGAUCCAGCAUUUUGUACGUAGGGGACGCAUCGAGCACCCACAUUUAUUCCAUGAGGAAGAAACAAAAGCCAAAAGGGACUGUGAUGACACACUAGAGGAAGAAAAUACUAUUUUGGAGAAACCAGCAAAGAGAGUCUGUGUUGAUCCAGAAAUUAAAAGCAUCAUUUAACCAUAUAAAAUGCAUCAAGAUCUAGGAAGCAACAACUAGCUAAGUGGGUAGGUGGAUAGAAAGGAAAUACAAAAUAUUUACUACAACAAGACCUAGAAAUUCAGAUGAUCGGCUCUUUAAAAACAAAAACCAAAAAACACUAUAGGUCCUAUUAAGGAAUUUCUUACGUGAACAAGAAAGAGUGCAAACAUUCUGUCAUUCCUUCCUAUACAGAAGGAUUAAGAGAUGGAAGAAGCAAAAAGCAGUUGUAAAAUGGAGAGGUAUUUAUGUACACCUGGAAACCUGUGCCUGUGUUCACAUUCAUUAAAGCCUGAUCCUGCAAGUGUCUAAUUUGUUGUGCUGUCCUUUUUAAAAGCAAAGCAAAUGUGAUACUCACUACUCAGCUGAAUUCUCAUAAAGAGCUCUGCCCAAGUGUCUUAUUUUCUAAG